AUGUGGUUCACAAAUUCAUACACGUUUAUUAAAACACGAAUAGAUUAUCAUAUCAAGAAAUCUCAUUAGAUAUAAAAGGAACAAUAAGAAAUAAUUCAAUAACCAAGUUUGAAUGAAAAAUGUAAGUUAAGAUCAGUAAGUGUUAAUAGUAAAAUGAAAAUUAAUAUGUUAAAAGUAAAUAUGUAAAUAAAUGAUAGGAUUUCAAUAAGAUCUCAAAGGAUGAUUAAUGCAUUUAUAAUAUAAAUGAGUUUAAUGAUAUUAAAUAUAUUGAAGAAGUUAUGAAGGAUGAUAAAAUUCUAGUAAAGAAUGAUUGGUAAAUUAUCCUAAAAAAUAAAACAUUCACAGGAUAUAAUUUUUAAUAAAUACAUCAAUCAAUUUUAUUAUAGACAAUGGAAUAUGAUAUGUAAAGUAAUUUAUAAAUAUUAGACGAAGACAAUGGUGGAUUUUUAUCAGUAAUUAAGAAUAGAAUAAAAAAGAAUUAAAAAAUCAGAGUUAUUCAAUAUUGAAAAAAUUAGAGACUCUGCAUAAGAUUUAGAUUGAAAAAGAUGUUGAAGGAACUAUUAUUCAUGAUAUGUUUAAAUAAGUAUUAAUCUAAAUUUAGAAUAGUAUGAAAAUUAAUAAUCAUUAAAAAAUAUUCUAAUUGCAUAUGCAAAUUAUGAUAAAGAAUUGGGAUAUGUUUAAGGACUGAUAAUAAUAGUAGCAAAUUUAUUAGUUUGUUAUGAUUUAAGUGUUAAUGAUUAAUAAUUAAAUGAUUUUGAAGUUAUGGAUGAGGAUAGAGAUGAAACUGUGUUCUUAAUCUUUUUAUAUAUUAUGAAAAAUCUAAAUUGGAGAGUUGUAUUUUUGGAGGGUUAUGAAUAUUUAAGACUUAAAAUAGAUGUGCUUGAAUAGAUGAUGAAAAAAAAGAUACCUGAAUUACAUAAACAUUUCUAUGAUGAAGGGAUUGUAAAGAUGAAUUUGUAUUUAGACUGA